AUGGCGCAAAACAGACAUUGGGAGCAAGACAAGGAUGCCACCAUCUACAUGGGCAACAUUGACGAGCGUGCGACGCCCGCCAUGAUGUACGAGAUCAUGCUGCAGAUGGGCCCCAUCCACAACAUCCACAUGCCGCGCGACCGCGUCACGCAAUCCCACCAGGGCUUCGGCUUCGUCGAGUUCCGCACGCCCGCCGACGCCGAGUACGCCGCCAGCGUCGUCAACGGCGUCAAGCUCUUUGGCAAGUCGCUGCGCGUCAACAAGGCGUCGGCCGACCGCCAGCGCGCCACCGACAUUGGCGCCGAGCUCUUUGUCGGCAACCUUGACCCGUCGGCCGAUGAGAAGCUCCUCUACGACACCUUUUCGCGCUUCGGCCCGCUGCUGUCCCUGCCCAAGGUGGCGCGCGACGACGCCGGCGUCUCCAAGGGCUUCGGCUUUGUCAGCUUUGGCGACUUUGAGAGCGCCGACGCCGCCGUCGAGCACCUCAGCGGCCAGUACCUCCUCAGCAACCAGGUCACGGUGCAGUACGCCUUCAAAAAGGACGGCAAGGGCGAUAGGCACGGCGACCAGGCCGAGCGCGAGCUCGCCAAGCAGGCCAAGAAGCGCAACGUCGUCCCCGAGGCGCAGCCGCUGCCCCCGGCCUUUCUCAACGGCGGGGGGCCGCCCGUGUCAGCGGUGCCGCCGCCAGCAGGAGCAACAGUGGCUGCGCCGCCAGCUGGCUUUGCCGCGGUGCCGCCGAGCAUGCCGCCGGGAAUGCACAUGGGCGGUGCGCCGCCGCCUCACAUGGGCGCUCCUCCAGGCUUCGCGCCGCCGCCGCCUCACCAGCGCGGUCCAUCACCCUACAAUGCGUCUGCCGGCCAGGGGCCACUACCCGGUCCUGCCGGCGGUGCCGGCCGCGCCGGCCUUCCUUCCGCAGGUAUGCCUCUGCCGCCGGCGCCCUCGGGGCUGCCUGCGCGUCCGCCGCAGAGCCAAGGCGGUUACACCAACCCGGCCGACUACCACCCCAACGGCAGCAGCUACCGCGGCGGCAGCGGCGGCAGUGCCUCGCCCGCGCCGCCUCCCGGAUUUCCGCAGCAGCAGCAGCAGCAGCCGCCUCCUGGAUUUGGUGCGCCAGGUGGCGGCGCGCCUGCACCUCCCCCGGGCUUCAUGCCGCCGCCGGGCUUCCCGCAGCAGCCUCCUCCGGGCUACCCCCGCCGAUAG